AUGUACCUCUUCGGUGUAUUUGAUGGUCAUGGUGGUCCUUGGUGUUCGGAUGCUGUUGGACAAUCUCUUUUCGAAUAUAUUGCUGUUUCAUUACAUUCACCGGAUGAAUUAGAACCUAUACUACGCAAAGAAGUCUAUACAUCAUUCGAUAAUGAUAAUACGGAUAUAAUGAGUGCAUUAGAAAGUGCAUUCAUUAAAUUAGAUCGAGAUAUAUGUACUGAAGCAAUACCAAAUGCUGCAGAAGAAAUGAAUGAAGAUUUAUUACAUAUAAGUACUGCUGGUUCAUGUGCAUGUGUUGCAUUAGUUAAAGAUGCUGAUCUUUAUAUUGCGAAUUGUGGUGAUGCACGAGCAAUUCUUGGUACAAUUGAUGAUAAUGGUAAUCCAUCUGUUGUAUCUCUUUCGAUUGAUCAUAAUGUACGUAAUGAAAAUGAAGUUAAACGUAUUUUAUCUGAGCAUCCAUCAAAUGAAUCACAUUCAGUAAUUCGUAGUGAUCGUUUACUUGGUUUAUUAAUGCCAUUUCGUGCAUUUGGUGAUAUACGUUUAAAAUGGCCAAUAAAUUCUCUUCGAGAAUAUUUACAACCUUAUUAUAAAAAAGGAGAUGCUAUACCACAAUUUUAUUUUACACCACCUUAUUUAACUGCACGACCUGAAAUUACCAAACAUAAAUUAACUAAAAAAGAUAAAUUUCUUGUUUUAGCAACUGACGGCCUUUGGGAUUUAUUAUCACCAGAAAAAGUUGUUGAACUUAUAUUUAAUCAUCAGAAAGGUAUACAAAGUUUUGAUCGUUUUAUAUUAAAUAAAACUGGAACGAAGAAAUCAUCAUUAAAAUUAAAAGAAAUAAGUGAAUUAUUAACUGCGCGACAACAGGCAAUCAAAAAUCAACCAAUAGAUCAAAAUUCUGCUACUGAUUUAAUUCGUCAUGCACUUGCGUUUACAUCUAAAGGACAAUUUGAUAGUAAACUCUUAUCGGAUGUAUUAACAUUUCCUAAUCCACGCUCAAUUCGUGAUGAUAUUACAGUAACAAUUGUUUAUUUCGAUCAAGAUCAUAUUGAUCAAAUUGAUACAAAAGAAAAACAAACUGGAAAAUAA